CAACACGUCUUAGUUCUCCUGCUUAUAUAGGUACGUUCGAUCUAAGUUUUGAUUUUGGUUUUAUUGUCGGGUCGAUACUGCGCAUUUUCCUUAGUAAAAUACGCUUCGGUUCCUGUUGAAAGUCACGAAUCCGUUCCGUUCGAACCGGCUGCUCGCGAAAACCUUCAACACAACACCUUUACCCGUCCACGGGUAAACGCGAACCCGGCGGGACUCGACCUUGCGCGUGGCUCACAUCACCCGCAUGGCGACGACGACCACUAUACGGGGCGGCGCGCUGAUGUGGCCGACCACGUGUUUCUGGAGCUUGUGCGGUGUGUUCACCGUGGACAUGGCGUACAACAGGUUCGACAAGUGGUUCUCGGCGUGGAUGCUGGUGUCUAGCGUGCUGAACAUAGCCAUCACGCCGUGGAGCGUGUGCGUGCUGGACGGCUGGUGCGACGACCAGUUGUCCAGCACUUACCGGCGGCUGUACACCAGGCUGGUGGCGUGCACGUGCCUGGUGUCCCGGGCGGUCAUCGUGUACAAGGUGUACAGGCACUUGGCCGGGUUCAGGGACCGGGAACUCGAGUACGAACGCAGCUGGCCAAUUUCCAGACCGCGCAGACGUCAGUACCGGGCCUACGCGUCGUACGUGGUCGCCGGUUACCUAGUACUCGUCGUGCCCAUAAACCUGUUGCGGCUGUACCUGCUGUACGUGUUCGAGGAGUUUGGCGACGCGAAACUCCUGCUAUUCUUCUUCAACAUGUACACGCAGAACUGGAGCUUGUGCUGCAUGGAGACGCACUACGCCAUCCUGUGCUUCGGCAUCUACCUGAAAUUCCGAGCCAUUAAUGACGAACUGUCGGCUGUCCGGUCGGACGUCAUGGUCAGCAACAGGUACCCGACGGUGCUCCGGUUGUCGUCGUCCACGGCGUUCACGGCCACGGCCGCGUCCGCGUUGCAAGACCCCCGCGGCCGGCCGUUGGAGACGGUCGUCGAGGAACUCAGGGUCAGGCACAGGCUGACGCGCGAGUCGGUCGAACAGCUCAACAGCAUGUUCGGCGCCCAACUGGCCCUGUCGCUCAUCAUCCUGAGCGUGAUGAUAUUGUUUGACAUCUACAACGAAGCUUUUCGCGUGGGCACCACGAUUUCUAGAUCGAAGUUUAUCUUUGGUUGGCUUCUCCAAUAUCUGUACCGGUUUUUCGUAAUCGUCAUCACGGCACACAGCACGACCCAAGAGGGUUAUAAAACUAAAGUGCUUGUAACAGAAAUAAAUAAUCGGCAUUUAAACAAUAGUACGAAAUAUGAGUUGCAAUUGUUUUUGAAACAAAUGAAUCACCAAUCAAUUGAUAUAACUGCGUGUGACUGUUUCACUUUAAACGGUCAUCUCAUCGCUUCGGCCAUUGCUGUUGGUACCACGUAUCUCUUCGUUUUAAUACAAUUUCAUUUAGAAAUUAUGCGAUUUACAAAAAGCCAAAAAUCGUAA